AUGCUCUCUAACAAUACCUAUACCUACAUAUUUGCCCAUUCACCCCCUGGAUUGUGUGUAGAGGAGGCUGAGGCCACUCGUGCAGAGAUUGAGGAGGUAAGAGCCCAUGGCUGGUGGAAUGACACGGCCGAGGGUGAAGGUCCUAGUGUUAAUGUUCCAGAGGGUGGUAAUAUACGGACGGGUGACAUGGCCAUGGAGGGGGAGCGUCGUUGGGUGCGCAAGGCCAAAAGAACGCGGCGCAGCAGGCAGGGAGGGGCACCGAGUGCUGAAGAGGUAGAUGACCUACCGGAUGGUUUGGCAGAUGUAGAAGAAAUCAUCGCUUGUACCUUAUCCUUUGUGGACGCCCAAUUGUGCCAUCCAUAUUGUGGCCUACCCACCAGCCUACCCACCGUCCUACCCACCAUCCUACCCACCAUCCUACCCACCAUCCUACCCACCAGCCUACCCACCAGCUUACCCACCGUCCUACCCACCAUCCUACCCACCAUCCUACCCACCAUCCUACCCACCGGCCUACCCACCAUCCUACCCACCGGCCUACCCACCAGCCUACCCACCGUCCUACCCACCAGCCAACCCACCAUCCUACCCACCGUCCUACCCACCAUCCUACCCACCAUCCUACCCACCGGCCUACCCACCAUCCUACCCACCGUCCUACCCACCGUCCUACCCACCAGCCUACCCACCAUCCUACCCACCGUCCUACCCACCAUCCUACCCACCAUCCUACCCACCAGCCUACCCACCAGCCUACCCACCAUCCUACCCACCAUCCUACCCACCAGCCUACCCACCGGCCUACCCACCGGCCUACCCACCAGCCUACCCACCAUCCUACCCACCAUCCUACCCAACAUCCUACCCACCGGCCUACCCACCAGCCUACCCAUCGCCUACCCACCAUCCUACCCACCAUCCUACCCACCAUCCUACCCACCAUCCUACCCACCGUCCUACCCACCGUCCUACCCACCAGCCUACCCACCAUCCUACCCACCGUCCUACCCACCAUCCUACCCACCAGCCUACCCACCAGACUACCCACCAUCCUACGCACCAUCCUACCCACCAUCCUACCCACCAUCCUACCCACCAUCCUACCCACCGGCCUACCCACCAUCCUACCCACCAGCCUACCCACCAGCCUACCCACCAGCCUACCCACCAGCCUACCCACAGUCCUACCCACCAUCCUACCCACCAUCCUACCCACCGUCCUACCCACCAGCCUACCCACCGUCCUACCCACCGUCCUACCCACCGUCCUACCCACCAGCCUACCCACUGGCCUACCCACUGGCCUACCCACCGGCCUACCCACCAGCCUACCCACCGGCCUACCCACUGGCCUACCCACCGGCCUACCCACCAGCCUACCCACCAUCCUACCCACCAUUCUACCUACCCACCGGCCUACCCACCAGCCUACCCACCGGCCUACCCACCAUCCUACCCACCAUCCUACCCACCAUCCUACCCACCGUCCUACCCACCAUCCUACCCACCGUCCUACCCACCAGCCUACCCACCAUCCUACCCACCGUCCUACCCACCAUCCUACCCACCAGCCUACCCACCAGCCUACCCACCAGACUACCCACCAUCCUACCCACCAUCCUACCCACCAUCCUACCCACCGGCCUACCCACCAUCCUACCCACCAUCCUACCCACCAGCCUACCCACCAGCCUACCCACCAGCCUACCCACGGUCCUACCCACCAUCCUACCCACCAGCCUACCCACCUUCCUACCCACCGUCCUACCCACCAUCCUACCCACCAUCCUACCCACCAGCCUACCCACCAUCGUACCCCGGGUGCCUCACUCACACACUUGCUGUCACUCCCCGGAUUUUGGAACUCUAUAUAGUGGGUAG